UCCUAUGAGGCAACACACGUUUGCAAUGAUCCAAUUGCAAAGAAGUUUCUAAGCAGCAUUAUCCACAAUGAGGAAGAGACAUAUGAAAGCUAUCGUGCAUAUUCACAUCACGUAGGAUUCACUGUUCGGAAGGACCAUACUACCUACAGGUCGAACUGCAAGAAACUCAAGGUCAAGGAUUAUAUUUGUGAAAAAGCUGGCUACAAUAAAGAGUCUAACAACACAGUUAAGUUCAGAAAAGCAGACACGAGGAUUGGCUUGGAAAAACUCAUUGAAAAUCACAAUCAUCCUUUGGCCGAAAGUGGUGAUAAGCAUAUUCUUCAUUCCAGCAGAAGGAUAAGUGAGCUCAAUGCAGAUGUGUUGAGAUCCAUGACAGGUUCAGGGAUCAGAGCAACACAUGCAUACAAUUUCAUUGCCACGGAGGUUGGUAGUGUGGAGAAUUUAGAAUGCACCAAGAGAGAUGCAUUUAAUUUCAUCCAAAGAGAAAGAAGACAAAUAAUUGAACAGAGAGAUGUCAAUGCUUUGAUACAAAUGUUCAUGGAGAGGCAAACUGGGGAUAACAUGUUUGUUUGGGAUUUCCAAACAGAUGAGUCUG